GCAGCAGACCUUGCAGUCAAACAUUGUUCUUUUUAGAACCACUUUUAGUGCGAAUUGUACAAGAUAGUGUAACUUUAUUAAAAUAUUUUGAACGGGAAAGCGGUAGUAAUGGCUCUUUAUGCCCCUUAAGUGCUGAUAAGGUAUCAAAAAUAAUGAGUGGUGGUUUAGUGCCUAGUAAGAGUACUGUUUAUAUUUCCAAUUUGCCUUUUGAUUUAAAGAACAAUGAUUUACAUAAAAUUUUCGAAAAGUAUGGCAAAAUAGUAAAGGUAACAGUCUUAAAAGACAAGCAAAAUAGGAGGAGUAAAGGAGUAGCGUUUGUAUUAUUUCUAAGUCCUGACGAUGCCAUGGUGUGUGUUCAAGAGGUAAACUCGAAGGAGAUGUUUGGAAGGACAUUAAAGGCUAGCAUCGCAAAAGACAAUGGAAGAACCAGAGAAUUUAUUAGAAGAAAAGAAUAUCCAGAUAAAACAAAAUGCUUUGAAUGUGGCGAGGCAGGACAUUUAAGUUAUAGUUGUUCGAAAAAUUUAUUGGGUAAUCGUGAUCCGCCUCCUAAAAAAGUUCGCGUACGUAAGAAGAGAGAAAAAUUGGAACUUACACAGGAAGAAAAAGAAUAUUUUGAUAGUUCUGAUGAAGAUAAUAGAAAGAUAGAGCCAGAUGAAGAGAGUUUAAGUGCUGCUAUUAAACUUGAGCAAGAAAAACAUGAAUUGGAGGAAUAUAGGCAUAAAGUUGCAACAGGUUGCUAUAGUGAUUCGGAGGAGAAUAAUUCUACCAGAAAGAAAAUCAAGAAAAGUUCAUAUUUUAGUGAUGAAGAAGAAAGUGACUAGAACACCAAAAUACCUGUCAGAAUAUUUAAGAAAAAAGAUUAAGAAAAUGUAUGGUUUUAGGGUUUUAAACCUUUAACACAGAAUCAAUCCCUUGGCUUACACAGACAGAUUCUUUAGUAAGUGUUAGCUUCUUUGAAGUAUCUCAUUUUUUUUUUGACCUUGAAGUAUCAUAUUGUGAUAUCUAAACUCACUUGUAUAGUGACAAAAAUGUACUGAAUUUUAUUGAAAGAAAUUUUUAAAUACACUAAGAAAAAUUA